AUGAGCAAAUCAAAUUCUCACAAUAAUCUUCGAUCACCACGCAAUCCAAAAGAACCUACUCGGGAACGAGAAUCUCAUAAAGAUAGUCGUGAACGAAAAACAGGAUCACAACAUCCAGCAGCCUCAACGUCAUCCGCAAGCAAUGGCACUUCAUCGACAACCGAUCGGGCAUUUAAAGAAAAACAUCAUCCACUAUUAAUUGCCAUUUGGAACACCGAUCGAACGCAAACAAAUAUCGAUGAAAAACUCAAAGGUCUUCGCGAUUUAUUCAAAAAAGGCACAAAUCCAAGUGUGAAUUGUGAAAUUCUUCAUGAACAAACUGGCACACCGAUCGCACAGGUAUCACCAUUGAUUAUCGCUUGUUUCGAAGGUGAUAUUGACAUCAUCAAAUUAUUUAUUGAACAUGGUGCUGAUCCAAAUCAAACAGAAAGUGAACAUCAUUUGACACCGAUUCAUGUCCUGUGUGAUGCAGAAUAUCACGGACAAAGUUUACGACAAAAAGAUCGAGCAGAACUCAUUCGUUUGUUAGUUAAACAUGGUGCUCAAGUUAAUCAUUUAGAUCGAAGUUCCAUGGCACCGAUUCAUAAAGCGGUUAUUCACGAUCGCCCUGAAUGUGUCGAAGCAUUGAUGGAUUCACGCGCUGAUCCAAAUGUUGCAUUUAUGGGUGACACACCAUUAAGUAUUGCUGCUCGACAUAACCGAAAAAGAAUCGUUCAAAUUUUACUCAGUCAUAAAGAAACAAACGUGAAUCAUCGUAAUGAUCAAGGUGGUACUGCAUUACACUUUGCCAGUGCUGGCAUUGUCGAUAGUCCGGAAUGUGUUGAAGUUUUGUUACAACAUGGUGCGAAAAUCAAUGCUCAUGAUUUGAAGAAUAAUACGGCUGCUAUGGUUGCUUGUUUCUUUAACAAACCAAGAAUUUUAACAACCUUACUUCGACAUGGUGCUGAUCCUACACCUCGAAACAAUGAAGGAAAAGACGCAUAUGAUGUAGCUGUAGAGAAAGAAUUUGAUGAAUGCAAAGAUCUGAUUGCUAAAGCACUGGAAAAACGUGGUAUUAAGCCAGGAGUUAAACCACAUCAUUCAACAACAGCGACUGAUAAAGUAUCGGAAGAUGUCGAGAAAUUAAAACUUAAACGUUAA